CUCUGUCUUUCUGUCUUUCUGUCCGUGUUAUGUGUCUUAAAUUUUACCUAGAAACACCACUCACUCUGAGAUUACAGAGUCGAAUCAAAACGUCUUUGUGUGUUGGUAAAUUGUUGCUGAUGGUGGGUGGCUACAAUAUACUGUUGGUGGUUAUUCUGUACUUUCUAUUGCUUUAGUACUAUAGUCAUUUACUACCUUUACCCUAACAAACCUCAGCAGUAAGAUUCUGAUUGGUCGGUUCUGGCCACAAACAACCUUCUAAAACCACCCUCUUUUGUCGCGUAACUUCUUUAAGUUGUUCAAACUCCUCAGUGUGUUUUUAGUUUCUACUGUGUACAGUUGUGUGCUUGCUACCUUUUUAGAUUUUAUUUUUAUUUCCUUAAUUGACCAAUAUAUAAUCUUAUACCAAUUACUAAUUAAUGAUUUCAUUAUUUGUGAUUUAGUUAAAUACAAUAAUGUAUAUUUAUAAAUUAAAUUUAACUUUUGCUAAUUGUUUAAAUAAUUUAAAAAUAAUCGAGCGACAAUAGAGCACCCUCAGCGCUUUCGCGCUUGAGGUGUGCAAUAAUUAUUGUUUAAUUUAUAGCAAAAAUGUUAUUAUUAAAAAAUGAACAAGUAUUGUGACAACUAAGUACACAAUAAUAUGAGUAGUAAUAAUAAAAAAACAGGAGGUGGUGGUGGUGGUGGUGGCGGUGGGGGUGGUAAGGAGGAUAAAAAAAGUACAUCAUCAAAUAAAGAAGAUAGUCCAAGUAAUAAAGAUGAAACAGUUGGAUCAACAUCAACUGGUAGUAAUGGAUUACCAAGUGCAGAGCCAUCACAACCUGGUAGCAAACCUGGUUCUGCUGGUGCUACUGCACGUGAAGGUGCACAAAGAUUACUUGCACUUGCUAGUAGAGGUGAAUGGGCACCCGUUGAUCAGCUUCUUAAGACCCUGGAAAAAGCGGUACAAAGUGCUGGAGAUGAAGGCAAUCCUGCACCGCUUGCCGGUCUUAUGGAUCCGACAACUGGCAUGACACCUCUCAUGUAUGCUGUCAAGGACAAUCGUACAGCAUUUCUAGAUCGUAUGAUAGACCUUGGGGCUGACGUGGGUGCUCGUAAUAAUGAUAAUUAUAAUGCACUACAUAUAUCAGCAAUGUAUUCACGUGAAGAUGUUGUUAAAUUAUUAUUAUCUAAACGUGGAGUGGAUCCUUAUUCUACUGGUGGUCCACGACAACAAACCGCCGUUCAUCUUGUAGCAUCCCGACAAACAGGUACAGCAACAUCAAUAUUACGAGCACUUUUAAAUGCUGCAGGACGUGAUAUACGUCUGAGUAUUGAUGGUAAAGGAAAGAUUCCAUUACUAUUGGCAGUUGAAGCUGGCAAUCAAUCAAUGUGUCGUGAGUUAUUAGCUCAACAAGCACCUGAACAAUUGCGUGCAACAACACCAGCGGGUGAUACAGCUUUACAUCUUGCUGCACGUCGUCGUGACGUCGAUAUGGUCCGAAUACUCGUUGACUACGGUGCCCAAGUUGAUAUGCAAAAUGGUGAUGGCCAGACACCGUUGCAUAUAGCAAGCGCUGAAGGUGAUGAAACUUUAGUUAAAUAUUUUUAUGGUGUACGUGCAUCAGCAUCAAUAGCAGAUCAUCAAGAUCGUACACCAAUGCAUUUAGCUGCUGAAAAUGGUCAUGCAUCAAUAAUUGAUUUAUUAGCUGAAAAAUUUCGUGCUAGUAUAUUUGAACGUACCAAAGAUGGUUCAACUUUAAUGCAUAUUGCAUCAUUGAACGGGCACUCGGAAUGUGCCAAUAUGUUAUUUAAAAAAGGUGUUUAUCUUCAUAUGCCAAAUAAACGAGGUGCUCGUUCUAUUCAUACAGCAGCACGUUAUGGACAUGUCGGUAUUAUAAGUACAUUAUUACAACGGGGUGAAAAAGUUGAUGCUACAACAAAUGAUAAUUAUACAGCAUUACAUAUUGCUGUUGAAAGUGCUAAACCAUCAGUAGUUGAAACAUUAUUAGGAUAUGGUGCUGAAGUUCAUGUACGUGGUGGUAAAUUACAUGAAACUCCACUUCAUAUUGCUGCAAGAGUACAAGAUGGUGAUAGAUGUGCACUUAUGUUACUUAAAAGUGGUGCUGGUCCUAAUUUAACAACUGAUGAUGGACAAACACCAGUUCAUGUUGCUGCUAGAUAUGGUAAUUUAACAACACUUAAAUUAUUACUUGAAGAUGGUGGUGAUCCAAUGUACAAAUCAAAGAAUGGCGAAACACCAUUACAUUUGGCGUGUCGUGGUUGUCGUUCAGCAGUAGCACGUCAUUUAAUAGAAUUUGUUAAAGAAAAAAAAAGUCCUGAAAUAGCAACAGCUUAUGUUAAUAGUGUUAAUAAUGAAGGUGCAAGUGCACUACAUUAUGCUGCACAAAUAGAACCAACAGAAGUUAUUGAAUCAGGUGAUGAUCGUUUAGUAGUAUGUGCUUUAUUAGAAAAUGGUGCUGAUGUAUCAUUACAAACAAAACAAACACAAGAAACAGUAUUUCAUUAUUGUGCACUUGCGGGUAAUAAUCAAGUAUUAUCAGAAAUGAUAAAUCAUAUGACAGCAACAGAAGUACAAAAAGCAUUAAAUAAACAAAGUGCAGUUGGUUGGACGCCGCUGCUGAUAGCUGCUCAUCGUGGACAUAUGGAGUUAGUAACAACAUUAUUGGGAAAUCAUGCACGGGUUGAUGUAUUCGAUCUUGAAGGUAGAUCGGCACUACAUCUAGCUGCUGAACAUGGCUAUCUCCAAGUCUGCGACGCUCUGCUAGCCAGCAAGGCAUUCAUCAACUCAAAAUCACGUGUUGGUCGUACAGCAUUACAUUUAGCUGCUAUGAAUGGAUAUACACAUCUUGUUAGAUUUUUAAUUCAAGAUCAUAGUGCUGCUAUUGAUGUAUUAACAUUAAGAAAACAAACACCACUUCAUUUAGCUGCUGGUUCUGGACAACUUCAAGUUUGUCGUUUAUUACUUGAACUUGGUGCUAGUAUUGAUGCUACUGAUGAUCAAGGUCAAAAGCCAAUACAUGCUGCUGCUAUGAAUAAUUAUGCUCAAGUUGUACAAUUAUUUUUACAACGUCAUCCUAGUCUUGUUAUGGCUUGUACUAAAGAUGGAAAUACUUGUGCACAUAUUGCAGCAAUGCAGGGUAGUGUACGUGUUAUUGAAGAAUUAAUGAAAUUUGAUCGUCAAGGUGUUAUAUCAGCAAGAAAUAAAUUAACUGAAGCAACACCACUUCAAUUAGCUGCUGAGGGUGGUCAUGCUGAAGUUGUUAAAGCAUUAGUACGUGCUGGAGCUUCAUGUGCUGAUGAAAAUCGUGCUGGUUUUACAGCUGUACAUUUAGCUGCACAACAUGGACAUGGACAAGUAUUAGAGGUCAUGAGAACUUCACAGUCAUUGAGAAUAUCAAGUAAAAAGCUUGGUGUUACUGCUCUACAUGUUGCUGCUUAUUUUGGUCAAGCUGAUACUGUACGUGAAUUAUUAACUCAUGUACCUGGAACUGUUAAAUCUGAUCCACCAACUGGUGGUUCAUUGGUUGGUGAACUUGGAAGUGAAUCUGGAAUGACACCACUUCAUUUGGCUGCUUAUUCCGGCAAUGAAAAUGUCGUCAGAUUAUUACUCAAUUCAGCUGGUGUGCAGGUAGAAGCAGCUACAACAGAAAAUGGUUACAAUCCACUACAUUUAGCAUGCUUUGGUGGUCAUAUAACAGUAGUAGGUUUAUUGUUAAGUAGAUCAGCAGAAUUACUUCAUAAAACAGAUCGUUAUGGAAAAACUGGACUACAUAUUGCUGCAAAUCACGGGCAUUAUCAAAUGGUCGAAGUAUUAUUGGGUCAAGGAGCUGAGAUAAAUGCUACUGACAAGAAUGGAUGGACGCCUUUACAUUGUGCUGCAAGGGCAGGUCAUUUAGAAGUUGUUAGAUUAUUAGUUGAAAGUGGUGCUUCACCAAAAACUGAAACUAAUCUUGGAAGUGCACCUAUUUGGUUUGCUGCUUCUGAGGGUCACAAUGACGUAUUAAAGUAUCUUAUGGAAAAAGAACAUGAUACUUAUGCAUUAAUGGAAGAUCGUAGGUUUGUUUACAACAUGAUGGUAUGCAGUAAAAGUCACAACAAUAAACCAAUCGAAGAAUUUGUUCUUGUAUCACCAGCUCCAGUAGAUACAGCUGCAAAAUUAUCAAAUAUUUAUAUGAAACUAUCGGAAAAAGAAAAAGAACGAGCAAAAGAUUUAAUUGCAGCUGGAAAACAAUGUGAAUCAAUGGCUACUGAAUUAUUGGCAUUAGCAGCUGGUGCUGAUUCAGCAGGUCGUAUUCUUACAUCAAUGGAUCGUCGUAAUGUUGAAUUUCUCGAUGUAUUAAUUGAAAAUGAACAAAAAGAAGUUAUCGCGCAUACAGUAGUGCAACGUUAUUUACAAGAAUUGUGGCGGGGACCAUUAACAUGGAGUGGAUUUAGACAAUUUUUUUUAUUUAUAACAUUUAUUAUUUGUCCACCAGUAUGGGUAGUAUUUGCUUUACCAUUAGGACAUAAAUAUAACAAUGUACCCAUUAUUAAAUUUAUGACAUAUUUAACAUCACACAUAUAUUUAAUGGUACUACUUUCAUUAGUGGGUAUAACACCGCCAUUUUCAGUUAUGAGAUCAAAUUUAUUACCUUAUUCAUAUGAAUGGUGUUUAUUAGUUAUAUUAUCGGGUUUAUUGUUAUUUGAAUUAACAAAUCCAAGUGAUAAAAGUGGUUUAGGUUGGAUUAAAUUAGCAGUGCUGUUGUUUAGUAUAACUGGUGUUGGAUUACAUCUCGCGGCAUGGACUAUUCUUGAUAAAUAUUAUUGGCCAACAUUACUUUAUCUACGUAAUCAACUAUUUGCAUUAAGUUUUUUAUUGGCUUGUGUACAAAUAUUGGAUUUUUUAUCAUUUCAUCAUCUAUUUGGACCCUGGGCUAUUAUUAUUGGUAAUUUGAUGAAGGAUUUGGCAAGAUUUUUGGCAGUACUUGCAAUAUUUGUGUUUGGAUUUUCAAUGCAUUUUGUGGCACUCAAUCAGGCAUUUGUCAACGGUCCUCAAGCAAGAACUAAAAGGAAUGCUUUUUCAGAUGAGAUAGAUUCAUUAUUCAACUAUGAUGUGGAAGUAAUUAAACAACCUGAAUAUCCCUUCCAACGUUCUCAACGUAAAAGGAUUAAAAAUGAAUGUUGUGGUGAUGAAACUCGAAGUACAAAAAUGACUCCUAUACUUGCAUUUGAAUUUUUAUUCUUUGCUGUAUUUGGACAUACUACCCAUGAUGAACUUAAACUUGAAACUGCACAACCUGAAUGGACUGGAAAUCUUUUUAAAUUAACAUUUGGAAUUUAUAUGCUUGUCUCGGUAGUUGUUUUGAUUAAUUUACUUAUUGCUAUGAUGAGUAAUACUUAUCAACGGAUACAGGCACAAUCAGAUAUUGAAUGGAAGUAUGGAUUGAGUAAACUUAUUCGUAGUAUGCACAGAACAACAACGGCCCCAUCACCAUUAAAUUUAAUAACAACCUGGCUUGUUUAUUUUAUUAAAAUUUGUAAACAACGUGUUGUUAAAGAAAAACGGCCUUCAUUAGUACACAUGAUGGGCUUACAACACACUGGACGUUUAUCACCACGUUCAAAGAUGGGUGCCAAAUGGUUAUCUCAAAUAAAACGAGGCCAAGUUCAUGUACAAUCAAAAGACAAUAAUGUACAACAAUUAUCUGUUGCACAUUUAAGUCCACUAGGAAGCCAAUCAUCAUUUAAUACAGCAUUAAGAAUUGAAGAUGUCGUCGAUUGGGAUACAAUACGUAAAAAAUAUUUAAGUAUUACUGGCAAUGAAACCGAUAAGGAUUCCGAAAACCAAAAUCAAGAUGAUAAUGAUGACAAUGAUAAUAAUAAUGAUGAUUAUAAUCAAACUGCUGCCGCUUCAUCAACUGUACUAAUAUCAUCACAUUAAUUAUUUAUUUAUUAAAUUAUUCCCAAAAACAUCAAAUUUAACAAUUUAUAUUCAUUUGAUGAUUUAAUUAGCUUAGUUUUAAAUUUAUAUUAUAUAAAUAAAAUACAUAUAUUGACAAUAUAAAAAAAAAAUAAUAAUCAUUAGUUUAUUGUAUUUAUAAAAUAAAAAAAAAGUUUUCUGCCAAUUUAUGGACAUUAAAUUUUUUUUUUUAUUAAAUAUAUUUAUUUAGUCCAUUAUUGUAAUUAAAAAAAAAAUAAUAAUAAUAAUAAUAAAUUAGCAGAACAAAUAAAAGGAACAACGAAUAAAAUGGAAAUUAGUUGUGUAAGUUUAUGUAGAAAAAAAAAAAUUGCAUACGAAAAAAACAAUAACGUUACGAGCAUGUAUGCAAGUUUUUGUAUUAUGAAUAAAAUGCAUCAUUACAUUAUAAAUAUUUAACUUUUUUUUUGUUUCAUUUUCAAUCAUUAAAAAAAAUAAAAAAUAUUCAGAAUUUUUAAUAAUCUGAUUAUUUAAAUUACAAAUUACUUAAUCAUAAAAUAAUAAAUUUAAGAUACACAAACACGAUAGAUUUUAUUAAUAAAAUGAAAUAUACUUUCGAAUAUAUAUUUAUUCAAAAGUAUAAAUUAUAUGAACAAUGACAAUGUAGUGAAGAAUUUGGCAUGAUACACGGUCAAUGGCACCUACAUCAAUUUUUUGACAGUAAAAAAUAAUGUAAUCAAUGUUUAUGUUGUUUUUAAAAAAAUAAAAAAAAAAUUAA